CCAGCCCUGCAUCACAUCCAACGCGCGCUCUCGGCGCACGGGGAGGGGAGUAGCGCUCCCUCGCCCACUCUUCUCUCUUCUCUCUCUACCCCGCGCGGAUGAUGAUGAUGGCACGAGGGGGCACACAGCCACAUCGUCCAUAUCAUCAUCGUCUUCCCUUGGAGAAUAUGCGUGCUGUCUAGAGGAUAAGGGGAAAGAGGUCUGUGCAGAAGUCUGGUGGUCACUCCUCAUCUCGUCGUCCGUCAUCAUCAGAAGCCACCUCCAUCAUCGUCAUCCUAUCCCCAUCGCCACUCGUCAAAUCAGCCGUCAUCAUCAUCACCAACAACAACAACAACCACGAACGCCUCUUCGGCUCCUGCUCCCAGCUGAUUGCUGGAGGCAGCCUCCGGAUGGCUACCGAGGUGCUGCUGAGGACCCGACGCGCAGAACCAGCCGGAGCCACCAGAGAUGUCCGGGUUCGCGGUUCGACACCAGCUACACGCCGGUCCGCGCUGGUUCAGUUGCAGCCACAGCAGCAGCAACGUCAUCUUCACCAGCAGCAACGGCAGCAAUCGCCGUGCUCUUCCUCAACCGCAGCAGCAGCAGCAUUCUCCCCGUUCACUUACUCCUGCCCGGCUUCGCGAGUCAAACCGGGACGUCCUGGGUCUCCGGUUGCCACCGCCGCCGCUGCUGCUGCCACCACUGCCGGCUUGGCUCAUCGUGGAGUGCGGAGACACCAACACACGCACAACCUGAAGCAUCGCUACGAGUUCCUGGAGACCUUGGGCAAGGGGACGUACGGCAAAGUGAAGAAGGCGAUCCACAGGGCGAGCGGACGCAAGGUGGCGAUAAAGUCAAUCCGCAAGGACAAGAUUAAGGAUGACGGCGAGAUGGUGAACAUCUGGCGGGAGAUCGAGAACAUGUCGUUGCUGAGCCACUCCAACAUCAUCGGCGUCUACGAAGUGUUCGAGAACAAGGACAAGAUCGUGAUGGUGAUGGAGUGCGCCGAGGGGGGGGAGCUCUACGACUUCCUGAGCGCGCGUCGCCGCCUCCCCGACGCCGAGGCGCGGCGUCUCUUCCGCCAGGUCGUCUCGGCCGUGCACUGCUGCCACAAGAACGGUGUGGUCCACAGAGAUCUGAAGUUAGAAAACAUCCUCCUGGACGAGAACAACAACAUCAAGCUCGCGGAUUUUGGCCUCUCGAGCAAGUUCCACGGCGACCGACUGCUCCAGACGUUCUGCGGGAGCCCCCUGUACGCGUCGCCCGAGAUCGUCAACGGACGCCCCUACCGAGGCCCCGAGGUGGACAGCUGGGCCCUGGGCGUGCUGCUCUACACGCUGGUGUACGGGACGAUGCCCUUCGACGGGCGUGACCACCGCACACUCGUGCGCCAAAUCAGCAGCGGCGACUACAAGGAGCCCACUCAGCCCUCCGAUGCGUGCGGCCUCAUCCGCUGGAUGCUCAUGGUGAACCCGGAGCGCCGCGCCAGCAUCGAGGACAUCGCCAGCCACUGGUGGGUCAACUGGGGUCACAGCGGCUCGCUGUGCGACUGCGACGCCCGCGCGCCCCCCACCGGCUCGCCCGCCCGCUCCCGCGGCUGGUCCUACCCGCAGCCGGCGCUCGACUCUCACCAGCGCUGGAAGGCAGCGGCGGCGCCAGCGGCGGCGGUGGCGGCGGCGGCCGCGGUGGCAACGGGCGGCGGGCAGCGCAACGGCGAGGAAGACGGCGCCGGUGUCGCCGCUCGCCCGGCGGGAUCGGCGCCCGCCGCCCGGUGCCUGCAGAAGUCGCGCAAGGAGAACGACGUUACCCACACUCAGGCCGCCGGCGGCAGCGGCGCUGGCGGCGACCCCCAGCCGAUCGCGGCUCGGGCGCCGGCGCGGAAGCCCAAGAGCAUUCUGAAGAAGCGCAGCGACUUCGCCGAGCGCUCGCAGCCGGCCGCACGCAGCUUCGACAGCUACACCUCCUCCGCCGCCGCCGGCGCCCGCUGCAGCUUCCCAGACGACGCGGAGCUGCCAAAGCGCGCGCCGUCGCCCUCGCAGUGCCACCCCGCCGCGCCCGCCGGCGGCACCGCGAAGAUGCCGCGGAAGGGGAUCCUCAAAAACGGCGGCGGGGGCGGCGCAGGUGGCGGGGGCCAGCGGGAGAGCGGUUACUACUCGUCCCCCGAGCGCAGCGGCUCGCUGGACAUGACGGUGCUGCUGGCGGUGCGGACGGGCGGCGUGGAGCCGGACGGGAGCGGCGGCUGGCGCUCGAUUCUCACAACGCCGCCCCCGCCUCCGCGCAGAGGCAGCAGCGGCUUCGUGGUGUUGCGCCACAAGGGCAUCCUGAAACGCCACGGCAAGUUCUCUCAGAGGCCCGCCAGCCUCGGCGCCGAGGCCCCGCCGCCAGCGCGCAUGUCGCGAUCGCUCGGCGAUCUGCUCCUGCUCGGCGAUGCUGGGGGCGGCGGAGGGGGCGGCGGUGAGCGGGGCUCCAGUGCCGGAGGCGGUCUUCAGAGUCGCCCUUCGAGCGUGAUGAGCGACGACAGCAUCCUGUCAAGCGAGUCGUUCGACUGUCUGGACUUUCAGGAAGGUGUUGUGGACGGGCGCAAUGUCACCGCCGCCGCCACCGCCGCCGCCACCACGAUCGGCCUGAGACCGUCCAAGAGCCGAGAGCCCAGUGAGGACUCGGUGUUUGAUGGAGACGAUGACGACGAUGACGACGAUGACGACGAUGAUGACGACGACGCCUCUGCGAUGAAUACUUAUGAGCGAGUGUUGCAGUUGAGUCCGAGGCUCAUUUGACUUCGAGGAUGUCGCUCGGACGCUCGCCCACGCACGCACGCGUGGACACGCGAUAUCGCAUUAAUUUAAUUUUUGUUUUAUUUUUUAUCGCCGCGUAUGUUCACGCGUAAUCUGUGCCAAACGCUGCAACGACUACUGGAGGCUCGGCGGGGGGUGGGGGGGAAAGUUGUAAACGGUAACUAAACGGCGGGUGGGGAAAAAACCCAAGUCGAUUUCUUACGAAUCGUGGAUGAGUUCGUAACCAAAAACUCGUGCGCCGUUUCAGGAGCUUUAGAGGUGGCCUGGUGGCCGGGUCAGUCCCGCUUAUGUUCUGGGUUCAAUUCCGGGUUUCAGCCCAGCUACCUGUGAUUAUUACAUUUUGACUUUGCAAGUGUUAAGCAAGUUUAUUAUGGGUUUUGGCCUUGGUCACAAAACAAAAAUCAGCAAUAUCAAAUUGGGUUUGGCAUUUAUUGUUUUAUUUAUUCAAAUAUUUCACCUGGAUCGUCGCUUGAGAUGGAACAUCUCAUUUGCAAAGGGUUCCCAGGGUGUCUGUUGCUACACGUAUAGCAAAUGCGUAAUGACUUGUAUAUAUAUACACGUGUGUGUGUAUAUACACACACGUGUAUAUAUACACACACAUCUAGAACCUAUAGAGCAUCUGCCCAUCUCAUAAAUAUAAAAGCUGUGUGGCUUGAUUGGCAUGGAAGACCUAAUGAGACUGCCACGAAGUGGUACUCAUUUUAAUUCCCCCUGGACGCACCAUGGGUCGGCUGAGUCAACCCCCGGACCAGGAUUUAAACUCGCGCGCUUUCCGAGUCUGAGCCACCCACUCUAAGGCUCGAGCCAGCUUGGCCGGUCGACACUUUGACCUUUGAUCGACAUGCGACAAAUAAGCUUUACAGGGUGCAUGGAAAGAUAUGACCCCCCCCCCCCCCCCACGGUGUGUGAAAAUUAAGACGCUGUUUAAGGGACUUCUAAAGUAGUUCUGGAGUAUCUUCUUCCAGAGGUUUGUUCUCUGACACAGGGUGAUGCACUACGAGCUGUGGGAGCUCGGAACGGACAAUUCUCGGACAAACCAAAACAAAAUAUAUUCUAAACUCUAAAUUAAACAAUUUUUUUUAUUUUACCAGAUAAGGCCCACUGAGCUAUUUAGCUCUUUUUCAGAAGCGACCUGGCCACAAAUGAUAGCUCAACGAAGCGGCAUAUAGCGUGGAAAUGUAUAGCAGCCAAAUACUCUAAACGCAUGUUGAUUCUAAAUGUGGAGGGAAAAACCGGAGGACUUGGAGACAAAUCCACGCAAACUCCAAAUACACAGGCGUCAGGGUCGGGAUCAAGCCUACGCUCUCCUCCAUACCAGGAGAUCGUGGGUUCGACCGUGAAUGGAGAAGCACUGCAGGAGAAGAGUGGAGCGAAUCCUAACCAAAGCCAGCUGCUGUCGUUUUUCCACGGUGCCAAAAGCUAUGCAAGCCUUUGCCUAGGCCCGAGCCUGGCGUCUGUCCGCCACCCACAAUGUUGUGCUCGCCCGCUUCGGUGGUGGUGGCAAGUGCAUCUGGCUUAACUGCGCCGUGAACGCAAACGUAUCUAUAGUAGAGCUGCGUUGGGUUCGAGCGCGUAACUAUAAAUGUGUCGUUAAAACCCGCCACCACCCGACAGACAACUUAUUAGCGAUGUUUGUCACGUAAACAACACGUGCCAAAUCGUUACGAGUACAGCACACCGGUGUGUUGGAGAGUAAACCCACGACAUUUACAAUUCGAGUGCGACGUUUCGCAAGUAAUCACAACUAGCAUCGUCAGGCGAGUUGUCGCCUGAUGUGCUAAUAACGAAUUGGCAUGUUUUGUUUAAGUGACAAACCUUACAAUUUGACUGUUUCGGCUCGUGGCGGGUUUAACGACGCAUUUAUAUUCACGCGAUGGAACACAAACACCUCUUAUGGAUAUUGGUUCGCGAACGCCUGCGUGUUAAACACACAAACGUGUAGAGUACGCGUUCGGUACAGGAUCGCUGAUGGGGUAAGCGUUGUGGAACUGUCGAAAUAUUUGCUCUCUGCACCUUUGCAGAAAACAGAGAAGACGAAAAAGCACUUAUCACGGAAUAGUAGCAGUAGUCGCCAAAGCCAUCGAGGGGCCGUUUCGAGUUGCUCCUCCUGUUAUCGCGCCUCCUGCACAGGGGAUAUGAAAUGAAAGGGCACAAUUUGUUUGCCUGUGCCCAUAUUCGGCAGGUUGCAGCAGCGAGCCGAUGGACGUAGAGAACGGUAAAAGGCGCAGCCCCUGCAAUCGCUCGUCUCGUGUCGCCGUCGGAGGAAGGGCCUCCGCUAAGAGAGCAGUUCUCUCUCGCGGCUAUAUUUGGCCUACUCUUCCUAUGCUGGGCAGCUGCCAUGGAAAGGUGUGAGUACGCGCACAAUCGACUCCAUCGCGUGCGACCCGUUGCAAGGAUGUGGGAUGGGCAAUC